GAUUGAUCUAUCUAUCUGCAUAAUUCAGUACCGGAGCCUAAAGAUAUGUAUUGUAUACACGAGAGCAAUGAAUAAAGUAUAAGUAAAUGAAAAAAAUAUUUAUAUAGUACUCCGCCGAUCCGAAACUAUAAAUCCGGCGUGGAAGAGAGUGAGAAAUUGGAAGAUCAGAGCAAAACCCUAAAAUGGAGACGCACGGUGGAGGACCCCUUCGCUCCCGCAGUUCCCAGUCACCUUCUCCUUCCCACUCCGCCACCUCAUCCAUCCACAAGCGCACGCUCGCGUCGGAGGACCACGCGCCUCCCUUCCCUCCCUCUUCCUUCUCCGCCGACACUCGCGACGGCGCCCUCACCUCCAAUGACGACCUCGAGAGCAUCUCCGCCCGCGGCGCCGACUCCGACGACGACGACGACUCCGAGGAUGCCGUUGUCGACGACGACGAGGACGACUACGACAACGAAUCCUCCAUGCGCACCUUCACUGCUUCUAGACUCAGCAACCCUCCCUCCGCUCCCCGCAACACUAAGCUCAAGUCCGAUAACUCCGCCGUCAAAAUUGAGAAUUCCGACGCCACCAAGGACGCCGGAACUACCACUGCGGGUUCCGUCCCCGGGAUUGUGAUCAAGGAGGACGCCACUAAGAUUUUUACUGACAAUAUGCAAGCAAGUGGGGCUUACGCCGCCAGGGAAGAGAGUCUCAAGAAGGAGGAGGAAGCUGGGAGGCUCAAAUUUGUAUGCAUUUCGAACGAUGGUGUUGAUGAUCAUAUGAUUUGGCUGAUUGGAUUGAAGAAUAUAUUUGCUAGACAACUUCCCAAUAUGCCCAAAGAAUACAUUGUCAGACUUCUUUUUGAUAGGAGCCACAAGUCUGUAAUGGUUAUAAGGCGUAAUCAUGUUGUUGGAGGCAUUACAUAUCGUCCAUAUGCUAGUCAGAAGUUCGGUGAGAUAGCCUUUUGUGCAAUUACAGCUGAUGAGCAAGUCAAGGGUUAUGGUACCAGAUUGAUGAAUUACUUAAAGCAGUUUGCACGUGAUUUAGAUGGGUUGACACAUUUUCUCACAUAUGCUGACAAUAAUGCUGUUGGCUAUUUUAUCAAACAGGGUUUUACAAAAGAGAUUCACCUGGAUAAAGAUCGAUGGCAAGGGUAUAUAAAGGAUUAUGAUGGAGGAAUUCUCAUGGAAUGCAAGAUAGAUCCAAAGCUCCCUUACACUGAUUUGUCAACUAUGAUCCGUCGUCAAAGACAGGCAAUUGAUGAAAAAAUCAGGGAGCUGUCAAACUGUCACAUCGUUUAUCCUGGAAUUGAUUUUCAGAAGAAUGAAGCUGGUAUUCCUAAAAAAAUUAUUCUUGACAUCCCUGGUUUGAGGGAGGCUGGAUGGACUCCUGAUCAGUGGGGUCAUUCACGAUUCAGAAGUUUAUGUAGUUCUGCCGACAAUGCUACAAAUCAAAAACAUUUGUCUGUGUUUAUGCGUUCACUUCUAAAGGCACUGCACGAUCACGCUGAUUCUUGGCCAUUCAAGGAACCAGUUGAUGCACGGGAUGUUCCUGAUUAUUAUGACAUCAUCAAAGAUCCAAUCGAUUUGAAGACGAUGUCUAAGAGGGUGGAAUCAGAGCAAUAUUACGUCACAUUUGAGAUGUUUCUUGCGGAUGUCAGAAGAAUGAUUUCGAAUGCACGCACUUAUAAUUCUCCAGAUACCAUUUAUUUCAAAUGUGCUACAAGGUUAGACAACUUCUUUCAAAGCAAAGUGCAAGCAGGUCUUCAGUCUCAGUCUGGUUCUAAAAUUCCGUAGGGGCACUUAAAAAUAUACACAAAUGUUAUUUAUUUGUAUAGUUAAUUUUUUUUCCCAUGGUUGUGACAAACUAAUGUAUUAUCUUAUAGUAGUUGUUAAUUUAGCCAAUGCUAUUUAGUGUAGCUGCAGCAAUGACAUUGCGUUACCCUGUUAAUGUUGUGCUUGGGCGAACCGUUAUCGUGGGAUAAAACUAGGUGAUAAGCCGGUGGUUGGUUUUGUCGCAGUAGUUGCAUUUUCUCAUUUUUCUUCGUUGGAAUUUUGUUUCAACAGAAAAUUUAAUCCUUGUCCCUGUUCCGAAUGUUCUUCUGUAACCUGAUACUUGUUAGAUGAUAAUUGUCAAAUAUGUAUACAUAUUUUAUUUAAUUUAGAUAA